AUGAGAUUCCUUGUUCUUUUCUUGAUUUUUCUUCAAUUAAUCGAUUGUUUACGUCGAUUGAGUUCCCUGGAAAAUGAGCAAUUGAAGAACAAUUGUGGAACUAAACCACCUAUUUCAUCUCAGAAGUUUUCUAGUGGAUUCAUGAAAAAUAAGAGAUUCAUUUACGGAGGGGUUCCGAUUUCUGGAAAUCAAGCUCCCUGGUCUGUUUAUCUUGACUUUUCAGAAGGAGUUUGCUCCGGAACAAUCAUCUCGUCGAGACAUAUUCUCACUGCUACUCACUGUCUUCAAAGAAAUCACACCAAUCGUAAUCCGAUAUUACAAACAACCGCAUGGACUUGUGAGAAUAACAAUAGAGAUCUCGUUUAUACACAAGAUCACCAAUUGCUCGUUGUCUACAGAUCUGAUUUACAAGUUCUCUCCACGAAUGUAGUCAAGGUGACGAUGCUUAACAUGUGCGCGGUCAACAACGUAGACUAUGAUGACAUCAUGAUUAUGGAGUUGAAAUAUGAUAUUGAGUUCAAUGAUUAUGCUCAUCCAGCAUGCAUUCCACAAAGUUCGAACUUUGAUGUUCUGGGAAAUUGGUUUUCGAUCUCUGCUUUUGGUCAUAAUCAUUGGAUAUUUGAUGAAGAAAACAAUGAUCCAAUAGUUCUCCGUUUCGGAAUUAUGAUGAUUCAAUCAAUUCAUAAUGAUGGAAGAGUAUUCGGAGCUGUCGAUCCUCGACAGCAAAAUGUGUUGAGACCUGGAGACAGUGGAGGAUCAGCAUUCUCAUCUGCAACUGACAAUCGAUACUAUUUGAUCGGCGUCUGUAGUGGUUCUUCAGCGGAUGAACAAUACUAUUCAACAUUCAUUUCCGUCGGAAAUCAUUACAACCAAAUCUGUUUUCACACUGGAAUUUGUUAA